CCCAGGUCUCACCUCUCGUCAAGUAGUAUCGGUUAGUAUCGACAUCAGCUAACGCAGGCAUCUGUCGACUUUGUGUGCGACCAAUAACUUCAAUCAUGGUCAUACUCGAUGCACAGAAGCGGGCGGGGUCCGACCUGGUCCAACCAAGAUGGAAGGGGGCUCAAUUAAUAUCAGGUGGGUCCGUUUCCGAGACCGACUUGCUAAUGAUACGGAUACAACCACCCGCUACGCUUAUCCGUCGGCGUGUGAUACGCAAUAUAUGGCCUAUCUCAAAUGAAAUCAGGUUCAAGUAGCAAAAGCGUGCCCGCACCAGGGUCGCCUGCUUGGAUCAUAGUCCGCGCGUCCAAGGAGCUCUCCAACCCUACGUGAGAACAGCGCAUGGACCCUGUCCAGAACUAUAAACAUGAUCAUCGUCCCUCAUUACGAAAAAAGGGUUACCGUUUAUACUCGGUGCUCGUGGAAGGCUCCAGCCCAGCCAUCAACUAUCCGGUACAGUCUCUCAACGCCACGAUAGAUCCCCAGACUACCAUGCUCUCAAGCACAGCCAAGAGCAUCAAGCCUCGCAAAAGCACGGCGGUAAGGCGUAAAACUUCAAAGGUAUUAAAGUCGUCGAAGCACCAACCCCGAGUUCGGAAAUACAUACCUUUCGUCCUAUCAGGUUCUUACUAUGCCGAGGAGUUUGUCCCCAUCCCAUCACCGAAACUGGUCAUUGUCUCGGGCAUCGGAACCGACUCGAAGCCCAAGUGGCAGGACCGGAUCGCUUUCGAGUACCCUCGGGAUAAUGAAGAGUUCAGCAAAUGGAGCGCCGUUAGCCUACCGGAUUGUCUAAAGGGAAGUGGGAUACGGGGUGGAGAUCAGCGCUUGUUCCAAUGCAAAAGGCGAGAUUCGGGCGACAAUGCGUCUAUAUAUGAGUCGGAGGACAUAGACAACGCCGAGACCCUUCUGAACAUAAACGAGGACGUUCAAGAACUGAUGCUUGAAAUAAGGUGGCCAGGCUACCCCAACCUUUGCUGGAGCCCACGCAUCCCCAUCGGCCCUCCCCACGCACGUAUCACCCGACACACACUAGCAACCCGUAUUGCCUCCCAAUUCCGCAAGCUCUUCGCAGCCGUCGACUCCCCCAACUAUAUCAUUUCCGACCACCCUGCACUCAUGCAUGCGCAUUCACCAGCUACGGAGAGCGAAGCGCGCUGGCGCCUCGGCGUCAAAGGCGGUGGCAUCACCUUUGACCGUCUCUCGCUCGUUGCGGUUUAUAUAGACGAUAGUGGAACGAUGCGGCCCUCACUACGAGCUCUCAUGGAUCAGAAUGCACCAGGCGGGUUUGCAGCACGGGUGGCUGCUGUAUAUGAGAGUAAAUUCGGGCAAGGCUCACGAAGCAGUUGA